AUGGAAAAUGCGACUGCGACUGCGACUGUGACCGCGACCGCGACCGCGACCGCGACCACCGGCCGGUCCCGGUCCCGGUCCCCGUCCCCGUCCACCUCGAAAUCCCUAAAACGCCCGGUACCCCUGCUGCGAAGCCGUUCAGAUGGCACAGACAUUACCAACAUCGGCAACGGCAACUGCAACGGCAACAGCCACAGCCGCAACCACAGCAGCGCUGGUAGUCUCAGAAGCAGCAGAAGCAGCAGCAGCAGCAGCGCAAGCACGAGCCUCAAGCGCGAUAUAUCCACCUCUCUCCUUUCGCGUUUAUCAUUUUCGCGCGGUGGCGCUGCGAACGUGAGCCAGAGCCAGAGCCAGAGCCAGAGCCAGAGCCAGAGCCACAAUAAAGUCCCGGACGAGGGCGACGAGGAGGGAGGACACGAUGGGAGGUCUGGAACGGGUGAUGGGAAUAAUAAUGAGUAUAAUAAUGGUGUUGACGGGUUCGGAAGUGGGGGUGGAGGAGAGAUUGGGAUUGAAGCGGGACGUGGAGGAGCUCUGGCUACCGCGCUGCAGCAGCAGCGGCGCAAAUCGCAGAGGAGGAAAAGGUCGUUGAGGAAGUCGACGUUGUUGGGGACGACGGCGUUGAGGAUGGAGGGGAAGGAGGGGAGGGAGAAGAGGGAGAAGAGAGAGAAGGAGACGAUUGGAGGAUGGGGUCGGGGGGGCUCUGUUUCUCCGGGGGCGGGGAGGGUUGUCGAUACUACUACUGCUGCUACUACUACUACUACUACUGCUGCUGCUGCUGCUGCUGCUGCUGCUGCUGCUUCUGCUGCUACUUCUACUGCUGCUGCUCUGGGGGAUAGUCGGGGACAAGCGGAAGGGGGGAGCAAUACGGGUUUACUUGCUGCUGACGGGGAAAUGACUCAGCGAGAUGGAAGUGGAAGGGAAAGUCCGGCGGGUCAACUGCGCUUUCCGCCCCCCUCUCCUGCCACGCUGGACCGUGACGGCGGUGAGCUCGGGCGGGCAGGCACGAACCCGCGGCAGAGGAGCCACGACCCGCCGAGCGGCUCCGGCUUGGCCUUGGCCUUGCACGGGCGCUCACCGCCCGGUGUCAGCGCUGCUGCUCCUUCUCCGCCGCCGGUUCCGCCCCCGCCAUCCCGAACAUGGGUUAGCAAGAGCAAUCUACAGAUACAAUCCCGGCAGCCGCACUCCGGCGCCACGCACUCCGACACGACCAGAGACGACGAGGACGACAACGUCGACACUGAUGCUGGCGCUGAUGCUGACGCUGAAGCUGACGCUGACGCUGAAGCUGACGCGGACGCCGAUGUGGACGCGGACGAGAACGGCAACGACAACGAGAACGGGAACAAGCUCCACUUCCGCUCCACCCCACGCCAAAGCCCUCCGGAAACCCUUCUCACCCGCCUCUCCAGCAACGUCAGCACCGAGACCAACAUAACCACCACAACCACAGCCACAACAACCACCACAACCUCAGCGUCCAGCAGUUUCAACCUAGCCCCAGGACCACGUCGUAAUCUCCACAAAACUCCCACCCCCUUCUCCAGCUCCAACGCCUACUUUCCCCCCACCCCCAGCGCAAAACUCCUCCUCAUGAAUCCCCCCUCCACCGCAAACAUGCUCGCAACCACCGCAACCACCGCAACCAUCCGCUCCCGCAUCGUCUCCCACCGCGUCAAAUCCCCCCUCUCAUGCACAGAUACCUCCGGCGUCCCUAUCAGCAGCCCCGUGGCCUCAGAAAAAUCCCCAACAGCCGCUGCCGUAUCUGCCAUCUCCCCGGACUACCCCGCCGCUUCUGCUCUGGAGACGGCGACGUCGUGGGACUACGCGGAGACGGAGUGGUGGGGGUGGAUCAUCCUGCUGGUGACGUGGCUGGUGUUCGUGGUGGGGAUGGGCAGUUGUCUCGGUGUCUGGAGCUGGGCGUGGGAUGUCGGGGAGACGCCGUAUGCGCCGCCAGAGCUGGAGGAUGAUGCCACGCUGCCGAUUGUGGGAUAUUAUCCGGCACUUAUCAUUUUGACGGCCGUUAUGGCGUGGGUGUGGGUGGUUGUGGCGUGGGUGGGGAUGAAGUAUUUUCGGCAUGCGAAUAUUUCCGGGGAGGAUUAG